UAUGACAGCUGUCAAAGCCCACAGUAAGCUCAAUUAUAUACCUCAAUAUGGAAGUACCUAGUUGGGGAUUGUCUUACUCUUGCCUCAUCUCAUCUGAACCAUCUAGAGUUCAUCAUAUUAGCAAUGGCUCCAUCACCUCUACCCGAAUUCGUGUACAAGAUUGUGCCUUCGGCACCCCCUUCGCCAAUCCCAUCCGAGUAUCCCCUCUCGGAACUCGACCAAAAAGACGGGUUUGUUCAUUUGAGUAUCGGUUCGCAAAUUCCCAUAACGGCGGACCUCUUCUUCAAAGAGGCAACGUCUAUCUGGGUUCUUAAGCUCCGGUUUGCUCCUAAGUUUCACUCUGCAACGACGUGGGAGAUUGAAGGAUGUCCGCAUCUGUACGGCAACUUCGGCGCCGAGGACGUCGACAGCGUUAAACAGCUCUCGCGAUUGGAUGGUGAGAGCUGGAAGGAAUCGUUGAAGAAGGAGAGUGGCUGGCUGGUCUAAAUCCCCCCUUACCAAAAAGCAAGUUUAGGACUUUGGUUACACAGCAGUUAUUAUUUGGAUAAAACACAUGCGAUAUUCAUCUUCCUGUUUAUUGCUUUGGCGCUAAGCUCCUGAAACGUUCCUAUCUAACGAACUGAUGUUGUUAAGCUAGUUGUGUAGAGGUCCAUUGUCAGAUAUCAGUAUUAAGUCACUAGUAGAAGCCGUUUACCUUCACAGCUUUGAAGGAAAUCAUCUCCUACGUCUAAGAAA